GUGUUGAUGCAGGCAGGGGCUGUCCAUUCACAAAGGAUUCUAAAAAUAUGAAAAGUUUCUAAUAGUUUUUCACAGUGCUCAAAAGACACUUAAACUAAUCCACUCACAUACGUUAAGGAGGUUACGUUGCCGCGGCGCCAGUUCCUGUUUGACCCUCACUCUUGUUCUUCGAUCGGCGACGACCAGAAAGCGCUCUGACGUCACGCACUUGGGGCUUUCGGACGCAUCAAUGUAGCGCAGCGUUACGCUGGGCCAGACCCCGCACCCUCGGUAACAGCGUUACGGAACGCUAAAUUUCUCUUGAAAGAAACUGCAAGAUAGCCGUCGCUACAACACCGCAAACCCUACCUUAGUUUCGCAUUGUUUCUGUGCACAUGCGCUGAAGCCCCGACCAGUCGCAAUCCCCCUGACCCAAGGAAGGAGGACAUCCUAGUCAAGGCCUUGAACCAGCGAAUCUCCUGGAAAGGCCUGUUUCUCGACUAGUGCCUCCACACGGCGACGAGCUCCGAGUCUUCUACAAAAUGUCCCGCGAGCGUGAGCCCCGUCACCGCACGGCUGGAUCGUCAGCGUCCGUGCGUGCUCCACGCGGUGCCUGCAAUGGAGAGAAGCGUCUGGAGUGCCCAGUGUGCGAGAAGCAGUUCGCCUUUAGAAGUCAACUAGAAACGCACCUUCGGACCCACACCGGGGGGAAGCCUUUCGAGUGCCCAGUUUGCAGGAAGAAGUUCAAUCAAAGUGGAGAUCUUACAAAGCACCUGCGCACCCACACCGGGGAGAAGCCUUUCGAGUGCACAGUUUGCAAGAAGAAGUUCAAUCAAAGUGGAUAUCUCAGAACGCACCUUCGCACCCACACCGGGGAGAAGCCUUUCGAGUGCCCAGUUUGCAGGAAGAAGUUCAAUCAAAGUGGAGAUCUUACAAAGCACCUGCGCACCCACACCGGGGAGAAGCCUUUCGAGUGCACAGUGUGCCAGAAGAAGUUCAAUGAAAGUGGAAGUCUCAGAACGCACCUUCGCACCCACACCGGGGAGAAGCCUUUCGAGUGCCCAGUUUGCAGGAAGAAGUUCAAUCAAAGUGGAGAUCUUACAAAGCACCUGCGCACCCACACCGGGGAGAAGCCUUUCGAGUGCACAGUGUGCCAGAAGAAGUUCAAUGAAAGUGGAAGUCUCAGAACGCACCUUCGCACCCACACCGGGGAGAAGCCUUUCGAGUGCCCAGUUUGCAAGAGGAAGUUCUCUGUAAGUGGUACUCUCAGAACACACCUUCGCACCCACACCGGGGAGAAGCCUUUUGAGUGCACAGUUUGCAGGCAGAAGUGCACUCACAGUGCAGAUCUCCGAAAGCACCUUCGCACCCACACAGGGGAGAAGCCUUUCGAGUGCACAGUUUGCCAGAAGAAGUUCACUGAAAGUGGAAGUCUCAGAAAGCACCUUCGCUCCCACACCGGGGAGAAGCCUUUCGAGUGCUCGGUUUGCAAAAUGAAGUUCACUAAAAGUGGAAGUCUCAGAACGCACCUUCGCACCCACACCAGGGAGAAGCCUUUCGAGUGCGCAGUUUGCAAGAGGAAGUUCUCUGUAAGUGGUACUCUCAGAGCACACCUUCGCACCCACACCGGGGAGAAGCCUUUUGAGUGCACAGUUUGCAACAAGAAGUUCAAUCAAAGUGGGUAUCUCAGAACGCACCUUCGCACCCACACCGGGGAGAGGCCUUUCGAGUGCACAGUUUGCAGGCAAAAGUUCACUCUAAGUGGACAUCUCAGAAAGCACCUUCUUACCCACACCGAGGAGAAGCCUUUCGAGUGCACAGUUUGAAUGAAGUCCACUUUAGUGGUAGAAUGCAACUCCAAGAAAGCACCUUUGUGGCGCACACUGAAGACGACUGAGUGAGUGAAGAGCUUUCACAUGAGUUGAUUUUAUGAUGUUCUUACUUCUCACGUUAGCAGUAUUGUAUGAAAAAUUCUUCUGCUAUGAUCUUUGGAUCGCGCUUGUGCCAUUUCAAUCGGAAUGCCCACGGUCCUGCAUUGCUCGGUGCUUGGAGUGUAAUGAGGACAAGUUGGCCAAUACACUCAGCUCACACUGGCGUUAAUCCUUGUAUGUUCUUAGGGGGUACUCUUGACCGUUUCAUAAGCACUUCUAACGUGCUGUGAAACUUCGUUCUGUAUUCACUACAGUCGUGAGCAAUCGUUUUAAACUGUCAAUGGACGACCCGAAAUGUGAAGGUUUAGUGGCCUUUUAUUUUUUUUCUGAGCAAUUGACUGUAUUCAUGUGUUAGCAGCUUGAAGAAAGUGCACGUUACUAAAGGCAUAGGUCUGUUUGGUUACUGGUGUAAAAUUUACCUUCAAAAUGUUUGUGGGCUUUCAUAAUAACUAAAUGAUUAAUCUUGUCUUAUUAUUUAAGGUAUUUGCUGUGAUUAGUUUCGCUUUUACUCACUCUUCAGUCUCUUUUAUGUAACUUACUUCGAGUUAUUUCUCGCCAUGAAAAAGCUUAUGGGCUUUUUAUGGGUCUCAGUUUAUUUAGUUUAGAUAGCUUGUUUACAUUCUAUCGCUUUCUUCUCUUGAACAAAGUACAUUUGUGCCCACUGCAAUAUUGAAACGUUUUAAUUGCCUGAGGUCCGGAUUUCAGUACAAUUGUGACUUUGUAGACCUACAUUGUAAUUGCCCGUCUUUUGUUUUCGUAUGUUUGUUGUUAAAAAUAUGUGGGUUUAAUAAUAAAAUCUGUCUCCAUGAUUCGUAAGGCGAAA